AUGUCGAAUAGUAAGAAAGAAAAAGUGAAAAGUGAUAAAAGCGCAAAGAAGAAACGUGAGGCUGGAGUAAAAGCAUGGAUACAAACGGUUGUUGAUAAAUUAACAAAAGACUGGGAACCAGCUAAAUGUCAAUCACUUUUUACUGAAAGUGAACUUAUUGAAUUAUGCUAUCGAGCACGUGAAAUGUUUUGGAUGCAACCAGCUCUUAUUGAGAUAAAUCCACCAAUAAAUGUUAUGGGUGAUAUACAUGGACAAUUUGAAGAUCUUAUUGCAUUAUUUACUCUGAAUGGCUUUCCACCAGAUAAGAAAUAUCUUUUUCUUGUUACCUUAUUACGUGGCAAUCAUGAAUCACGACCAGUUAAUAAGCAAUAUGGAUUUUAUGUGGAAUGCACAAGACGUUAUUCGGUGGUACUUUAUGAAUGUUUCCAAUUUGCAUUCUACUGCAUGCCAUUUUGCGCACGCAUAUCAAAGACAAUAAUGUGCAUGCAUGGUGGUAUUAGUGAAAGCUUAGUUAAUUUUUCACAGAUUGCAAAAAUUGAACGACCAUGUGAUAUUCCGGAUAUGGGUUUGCUUGCUGAUUUAACAUGGUCUGAUCCUGAUCCGGCUGUAUCAGGUUAUGAGGAAAGUCCACGUGGUGCAGCUAGUGUGUUUGGUAGUGAUGCAUUAAAAGCAUUUUGCGAUCAACUUGGAUUAGAACUUAUUAUUCGAGCUCAUCAGGUGGUUCAAGAGGGUUAUGAAUUUUUCGGCAAUCGCCGAUUAGUCACCAUAUUUUCAGCGCCAAAUUAUUGUGGUCAAUUUAAUAAUGCAGCUUGUGUAAUGAAAAUUUCGGAAGAUUUAGAAAUUUCAUUUGCAAUACAUCGGCCAAAAAGAUCCUAA